AUGGAACACCCUGCAGUGAAGACGGAAAACAUAGCCCACACGGCGAACACGGAAAACUUGUCCAACGCACCCAAUAAUGUCCCGUACACCUUCGAGCACUCCAGAAACCUGGGCAACAAAAUCCUUAAGCCCAUACGCCAGGAAAAGAUCGUCAAGGUGCCCGUGACCCAGUAUGUGGAAAAAAUCAUAGAGAAGGAAGAAAUCAAAUUCGUCAACAAAUAUGUCGAUGUCGUCAAACCAAUAAUCACUUACAAGACGAAGCACAUUUCCAAGCCAAUCUAUUUAGACAAAAUUAAGUAUGAGCCCAAGCUGAUAGAGAAGGAGAAAAUUAUACACAUCCCAAAAAUAGAGUACAGAAAUAAAAUCGUAGAAAUACCUGUGUAUCUUCAUAAGCAAAAUAUCAUAGAGAAAAAAGUCCCCCUAAUCAUUGAGCGAGUUAUUCCUGUCCUGAAGGUCAAAAAAAUCGAGAAGGAGGUCCUCACAGAUGUGAUCGAAAUUCCUUCAAUCUGCGAAAUGGCUAAAAGGGAGAGAAUCAUAAAUAGUAGUACCAAACAGGAAUAUACAAACAGGGUGAUGGUCCCUCAGAUGGCAAGGGGAGUCUCCGACAGAAAUAACUUUUACGCAGUAGCAGAAGCGAACGAAAGCCAGGAUAUGUACAAUAAGGAAACGUACAGAAAUAUGGAGUCUCGAAAUGAUACUUGUUCCCCCGCUGUAUAUUUUCCAGUGCAAAUGUUCCCGUCCACCGAAAUGGAGAAGUUUAAAGGACCACAUCGGGGAAGUCACUCCGUCGUGAGAAGCGAAUCGGAUGAAGACUCCUGUGGGGGGAAAUUGGAACAUAAAAAUGAAACCACGUAUAAUGAGGCCACGCAUGAGGAGGGUGAGGAAGGUGAAGACAGGAAGCAAGGUGACAACUAUGGAGACGCCGCGGGAAAUGCGGAAGGAACGCCUAACGAGGAAUAUUUAUCCAGCGGGCAGGACCUACACAUCGGUCAACGGCUACACGACGGUGAAUCCAUAUCGAGGGAAAACGCACAAGGUACAGUGCAGACCGGGCAUUACAGAGAAGACGAUCUGUAUAAGAAGUCGAAUAUCACGCAUGUCAGCAUACACCUUCCCACAACGAAGGAGGAGCUUCGUGAGGCUCUCCAACGGAAUUCUUCCAACGGAGGGGAGGGCAGUUAUGGCGUGUCUUUGAACCAGGCAACGGAGGAAAGGAGCGGCAGCAACCGGAUAGCUAGCAGUGGUGCGAGCAACCUGCGAAGCGGAAACAACGGAUACGCUUCGGAUAACCACCUCUUCACCUACAACCACAGAGACGGCAGAAACGGCAGAUACAACGAGUACAAUAUGAACCAAGUGAUGAGCGAGCAGCUAAUCAGAGAGUCUUUUAACGACUCCAGACGAGACAUGUCCAAGUCAGUAGAAGAGAACGUCGGCCAGGGGAACUAUUACUCGGAUGUGAAGGGCCGAAUAGAAUCUCAGCAACAUAACCUUUCCGUGCCAUCCAACAUCCACGUGUAUAAGGAAAACUACUCUUCAUCUCAGAACGUGUACAGAAAUGAGUCCGGGAAAACGCGGUCAAACUUUAUGCCUUCCUAUGCGAACAGCAAUGGGCAGGCAAUUGUAUCCGUGCGCCCCGCCACCAUUUUGGAGUACGUCCCCAAGCAGACGAAGGGCAAGUCGCGCUUCUGCAGCUUCCUAAACAGGUGUUGCGGCGAGGAGUAA